CGCGCAGGCGGGGCGCGGGGGGGGGGGGGGGUGCGGCGGGGGCCAUGCGGAGCCCGGGCUGAGGCGCCGCGGCCGCCCCUCGCCAUGAAGCGGCAGAACCUGCGCACGGCCGCGCUCAUCCUCUGCAUCUUCUCCUACCUGCUGGUGGGCGCCGCCGUCUUCGAUGCGCUGGAGUCGGAAGCGGAGAGCGGCCGCAAGCGGCUGCUGGAGCAGAAGCGCGGGGAGCUGCGGAGGAAGUACCGCUUCUCCGCCGAUGACUACCGGGAGCUGGAGCGGCUGGUGCUGCAGGCCGAGCCGCACCGCGCCGGGAGGCAGUGGAAGUUCGCCGGCUCCUUCUACUUCGCCAUCACGGUCAUCACCACCAUAGGCUAUGGGCAUGCUGCCCCAGGCACGGAUGCUGGCAAAGUGUUCUGUAUGUUCUAUGCCAUCCUGGGCAUCCCCCUGACACUGGUCAUGUUCCAGAGCCUGGGGGAGCGCAUGAACACCGUUGUGCGGCUACUGCUCAAGAAGAUUAAGAAGUGUCUGGGCAUGAGGACAACCAAUGUCUCCAUGGAGAACAUGGUCCUCGUCGGCUUUCUGUCCUGCAUGGGCACCCUGUGCAUCGGCGCAGCAGCCUUCUCUUAUUUCGAGGGCUGGACUUUCUUUCAUGCCUAUUACUACUGCUUCAUAACCUUGACCACUAUUGGCUUUGGAGACUUUGUGGCUCUGCAGAAGAACGAGGCUUUGCAAAAGAAGCCCCCGUACGUGGCUUUCAGCUUCAUGUACAUCCUGGUGGGCCUGACCGUCAUCGGCGCCUUCCUCAACCUGGUGGUGCUGCGGUUCCUGACGAUGAACUCUGAGGACGAGCGGCGCGACGCCGAGGAGCGAGCAUCGCUGAGGAGAGCCCGGAACAACAUCCACCUCAAGCCCAAAGAGGAGAGCCGGAGCAGCAACGCCAUAUUUCUGCCCGUGGAGGACAGGACGAGCCAGAUGAACCUCAUCCCGCUGAUGCAGGAGGAUGCGGAGAGGCAGCGGUGCCAAUCGGCCAACUCGGCGGCCGCGGUCCCCUCCUUCUGCACGUGCCUGUGCUACAGACCUCAGCUGUGCGGCAGCCCGGCGCCCUCGCACCCCGAGACGCUGAGCUGCCACACCAACCCCGUGUAUUACAACUCCAUCUCCUACAAGAUUGACGAGGUGUCCCUGAGCACGCGGGGGCAGACCGGCUCCUCCCCAGGGAGCACUUUGUCAUCCAACAGCCCUCGCUGCCGGCAGCACCCCCGGCUGCGGAGGAAAUCCAUCUAGGAGCGUGUGCCGAGCCGCACUCGGGGCUCCAGUCUUACUAUGAUGAUAAAUUAAGAACAGAGAUGUCAGGUUCUUAUUACUGCGCUCAUUUCUUCUGUUCCUUUCCCCGUUCAGUUGGCAGCCAGCCCCACGCAGGGUCCAGCAGGAGAUUUUAAACCCUGUUAAGAAAUAAUCAUUCCUUUUUGCAGGCACUGAAUGGCAUUGUUUGUCUUUGCUUUUUCCUCCAAAGUAGGUUCAAGUGUUUGGGUCUAAGAGGCCCCCCCAGUGUGAGGUCCAGCAGGCUGUAGGUUUGCUUUCACACCUCCCUGCUCCCCAAACCAAGGUCUUGAUGCCCUCCCACCCUGCCUAACCCCGGCUGUGGCUGCUGCCAGCACUUGCCUCUUGCUGCAUGGGCUGGGCUGCACUUGAUGGGAGUGUGUCAAAAGCAAAGUCUGUGUUAGUGAGCCCUGCAGCACUGGUGGUCUUUAAGCCAUCCUCUGACACCAGGAGCAGGUAAGUAGGUGCCAUGCAGCAGGCUUGCAGGGAGCAGGAUGCAGCCCUGCUGCUCAGCACAUGGGGACAGCUUCAUGGCAUCUCCCACAACCAACCCUAAGCUCAGGCUUGUGCCUGGCUCAGUGCUGCUGGAAGCUGGAGCUCCACCACCCACCCACAUACCCACCAGCUCACCUUGCCUCGCUGCAGGGAGGUCCAGCAGGCCGAGCUGGCUGGUGGGAUGCCAUGCCCCAGUCAUGGGGAAGCUGAACUCCAGCCCAGUCACAGUCCUCCUCUGGGAUGAGCCCAGACUGUGCAAAGGGCACAGCCCCAGGGAGAGCCUCCCCGAACCAGAUCCAUGUGCAAAGGUUCUGCUGCUGAUGGGGUCAUUAGCUAAGAUCACCCUUUCUUCCACCUUCUUUCCUCCAGCUGCCAGCCCAAUGAGCACACUGCUCCUCACCUCCUCCAGUCCCCACGAGCCCGUGGGUUUGUGCUCGUUGCUCUGGGGUUGUCAGAGUUGGGGGGAUCCCAUCCUGGUGUGCGUCCAUCCCCAGGCAGGAUGUGGUACCUGAACAGCCCCACCUGGGAGCUUAUUUCCAGCUGGUACCCCCAAUGUGGCCUAUGUCCAUCCCACCUUGUCUGCAAGGAGCAGCAGAGGUAGGAGCCUCAUUUCACUUUUCGUUCCCC